AUGAACGCACUGCGCUGCAUGCUACAGGGAGCCCAACGUGCGGUUAGGCUGGCGAAACUAUCGUACAAUAGGCAGCGCAGCUCGUUGUAUCAAUGGGCCGUUUCUCACACGCUUCGCAGCUUGGUCGGUUUGAAGCAGCCUGUGAUGACGCCGGCCGACGACGUUGGAGCGAGAUUCAACAUAUUCAUCCGCGUCGCACGACCAAUUCGCGUCCGAAAACGGUCCAAUGCGCUUCCUCCGGUGCUAAAAGCGCCCGCAGUUUUGUCGGUUUCCAUUCAGCAGGUCAACUUCCUCAUCACACAAUUUCUGGCACUGAUCCUCGCGUCAGUCUUCCGUUCCUAUUUGCACCCGUCGAAGGUGACGGCCAGCACACGGCACGCCAUCGGACUCGUCAUCGGGCUGUUCUUCGGGUACUUUUGCUUCGGCCAGCAGGCCAUCCACAUCGCAGGACUUCCAGCUGUUUGCUAUGUCGUCAUACGCACACAAAAUCCGCAGAUCGUGCAACGACUCGUCAUGGUGGUCGCCUUGGCGUACCUGUCGUGCAUCCACCUGCACCGGCAGUACUACGACUACGGUUCGUACUCGCUGGACAUCACCGGACCGCUGAUGAUCAUCACCCAGAAGGUUACCAGUCUGGCGUUCAGCAUCCACGAUGGUUUCACACGUGAGAUGAAGGAUCUCACGCGUAGCCAGGAGGAGCACGCCAUCCGGAAGCUUCCCUCGGCGCUGGAGUUUUUCUCCUACACGCUGCACUUCCAGGGUCUGAUGGCGGGCCCGCUGGUGUUCUACAAGGACGACCUGAUGCGGAUGAACGAGAACAACGAGAUAUUCAUCUCGGCCGAAACGCUUCGCAAACGCCAGCAAAGCAAGGCCGAGAUUCACAGCGGCUCGGACCACGUCAUCGGAGGAGGAGGGGUGGAUGCUUUCCUCAAGAAGGAGAUCGAUGCCCUCAACGCCGCCGUACAGCAGGUUAACGUAUUACCGGCUGUCCUUAGUAAUGGCCAUGCCAAAUAAUAUUCUUCCGGCCAUCAUCGGCGACAAAACCGGGUCGAGUUGGAACACCUUUAAAAAUACCAUACUAAGAUUUUUGAACAUUGCGGUUCACGUGGUGUUUCAGAUUUGCGCAAAAUAAAAUCCCGGAACCCGCAGAGAUCGCACGGACAAAACCGAUUCCUUUGUGAUGUUUUCGAGUGGAGGUAAUUUUUCCUCUCUUCCUUUUUAUUAAUACAAGAUUUAACAAAUUGCUACUAUUAAAGUACACACACAAACACAGAUACACAAAUACAUACAAAACUAUGAAAAGCAAACCUAAUUCAAGUCAGUAACUUUGAUAUGUGUGCGCAUAAUUUAAGAUUAUAAUGAUAAUGGUAACUAGAUAUUUCCAAAAAGAAAAAAAAAACGUUAUAAUAACUAUUGCAAACCAAGAAAACUAACUAAAAAGCACACAAACACGCUCUCGAUGGAGAAUUCUAGGACGAUGGUAGAUGUGAACAAACAACAACUGGAAAGAUUGUGUAAUUUGAACUCAUCCAACAAACCAAAACGGAUUUUAAUAUAUUAUUGAUAUAGAACGGAUGUGACGUGGCAUGAGGGGCAGCAAGCAACAAAUGUGAAAACUAGCGAUACUUACCAGUCACGGGAAAAAAAAAUGGAACAAUAUCACACAAAGAAAGGACUCAACACACAAACUAUUGUUGUAAGAGUAAGAGAUUAAAGUAACAAGA